AUGGCCUUCUUUGGCCGAUUUACAAACCUGCUCAAGCAUCAGUAUGUACGAGGCAUGUCAUCAGCUCCCAACACAAAGCUGAUGAUAGGAGGUUUUUCGCGCUCUACUAAUGAGCAAAGUUUGAGGGAAGCUUUUUCAAAAUAUGGAGAAAUCACUGAUGCAAGGAUAACUAUGAAUCUUAAAACUGGUAAACGACGUGGCUUUAUCACAUACAAUUCAGUUGAGGAGGCGUCAAUUGCUCUUCAAGCAUCGGAUGGGCGGGACCUUCAUGGUCGUCAGGUUCAAGUGAAUUAUGUUGAUGUUAGGCCUCAUGAAGGAAGGCCUACUGGGGUUUACAAACUCCCCGUCCCAUCACCUCCUGCAGUCGAUUUGGUCUCUGACCAAGGCAAGAUUUAA